AUGGCAUCCUCCAAAGUAACUUCUUUAGCUGGUAAUUUUGGACGACUAUGGCGUCGAGGAAAUGAAACCUUGCGCAAUCGACGCAUUUUCUCCGUCAAGGGCAAGGGUGCCACAAAUUACUUGCAAGCGUUGGUGACGUGCGAUUUGACCAGUCCUCCGAUUCCACCAAAAGAAGAAUUGGAACCAGAUCCAGCCGUGCCGCAACAACAACAAGAAGAAGAGGAACAUCCGAUGGUCGAAUUUUCCGAAAAGCUCCGAUCGACCUGCUUUCUGGACAACAAGGGACGAAUAUUGACGGACAGUUUGUUGUGGAAGAUAGACGACACGGAAUAUCUUAUUGAUAUUCCCGACAAUGAUUCGGCCGAUCAACUCAUGGGACACUUGAAGCAAUUCAUUUUGAGACGUUCCAAGGUCAAGGUGGUGGACAAGUCGGACGAAAUUUCGGCGCACGUGGUCUUUGGGACCAUGAAUGCGGCGGCGUCACCUCAGGGAUUCUUGGCGGGGAUGGAUCCCCGGCAUCCAUCCUUGGGCAUGCGAGUCCUUUCGUUAGACGCGGAAAAGGCAAAACAAUUUGAAGAUAGCAUGUCUUCGAAUUUUCCAAACGCACCCGGCAACUACCAAUUGGUUCGCAAAUUAGCCGGUGUCGCCGAAGGUACCGAGCUGUUGGGCAAGGUGGCAGGAGAAUCCAACCAAGAAUUCCUCAAUGCCGUCAGCUUUGCCAAGGGUUGCUACUUGGGCCAAGAAUUGACGGCCCGGGUCCAAUACACGGGUGCCAUUCGAAAACGAAUCCUGCCCCUCUUUUUGACGGAUUUGAAUAUGGAAAUUCCACGACCCUGGCUCAUGGCCUCCCAAGUCCAACUAGGAAAAACACCCGAGGGAGUGGAAGUAGGAUCAGCAUCAGCAUCAAUGUUGCCAAGACUUCCCCGAUUGUCCGCGGCAGCGGCGGGAGGCGUGGUAGGAAUCAUGUCGGGUGACAUGGUUCAAGAACAAACUCCAGAAACGGAAGAAUUGCGAAAGCAAAGUGAAGCCUUGUUCCAGGAAGUACAAAAUUAUAAAAAGGGAGACAAGAUCUAUGAUGUUAAAGACGGAAAGACUAUUGGUCAAAUUGUAGCAGGUGCGGAAGAAGGAACCAAUGUCUUGUUGGCUCAAAUGCGAUUGGAUCGAGCGGGUCUCUUGGGCGAUGGUGUUUGGAGUCACACCAACAAGAUUCGGAUUGGGGAUCAUGACAAUCAAUUGAGGUAUCUUCCGUAUCUCCCACUAUGGUGGCCCGUGAUUGAUCGGAAAUCGGGCAAGGCGGCGACGGAAGAUUUUUAG